AUGUCACAAGUUUAUCUAGAUGUCACCACUGACUCUAUCCCACUGUGUCCACUUUCAGAUGUCACCACUGACUCUAUCCCACUGUGUCCACCAUAUGUCACCACUGACUCUAUCCCACUGUGUCCACUUUCAGAUGUCACCACUGACUCUAUCCCACUGUGUCCACUUCCAGAUGUCACCACUGACUCUAUCCCACUGUGUCCACUUUCAGAUGUCACCACUGACUCUAUCCCACUGUGUCCACUUCCAGAUGUCACCACUGACUCUAUCCCACUGUGUCCACCUGAUGUCACCAAUGACUCUAUCCCACUGUGUCCACCUGAUGUUACCACUGACUCUAUCCCAAUGUGUCCACUUUCAGAUGUCACCACUGACUCUAUCCCACUGUGUCCACCUCCAGAUGUCACCACUGACUCUAUCCCACUGUGUCCACCUGAUGUCACCACUGACUCUAUCCCACUGUGUCCACCUCCAGAUGUCACCACUGACUCUAUCCCACUGUGUCCACCUGAUGUCACCACUGACUCUAUCCCACUGUGUCCACCUCCAGAUGUCACCACUGACUCUAUCCCACUGUGUCCACUUCCAGAUGUCACCACUGACUCUAUCCCACUGUGUCCACCUCCAGAUGUCACCACUGACUCUAUCCCACUGUGUCCACCUGAUGUCACCACUAACUCUAUCCCACUGUGUCCACCUCCAGAUGUCACCACUGACUCUAUCCCACUGUGUCCACCUCCAGAUGUCACCACUGACUCUAUCCCACUGUGUCCACCUCCAGAUGUCACCACUGACUCUAUCCCACUGUGUCCACCUCCAGAUGUCACCACUGACUCUAUCCCACUGUGUCCACCACCAGAUGUAACCACUGACUCUAUCCCACUGUGUCCACCUCCAGAUGUCACCACUGACUCUAUCCCACUGUGUCCACCUGAUGUCACCACUGACUCUAUCCCACUGUGUCCACUUCCAGAUGUCACCACUGACUCUAUCCUACUGUGUCCAUCUGAUGUCACCACUGACUCUAUCCCACUGUGUCCACCUGAUGUCACCACUGACUCUAUCCUACUGUGUCCAUCUGAUGUCACCACUGACUCUAUCCCACUGUGUCCACCAGAUGUCACCACUGACUCUAUCCUACUGUGUCCAUCUGAUGUCACCACUGACUCUAUCCCACUGUGUCCACCUGAUGUCACCACUGACUCUAUCCCACUGUGUCCACCUGAUGUCACCACUGACUCUAUCCCACUGUGUCCACCUGAUGUCACCACUAACUCUAUCCCACUGUGUCCACCACCUGAUGUCACCACUAACUCUAUCCCACUGUGUCCACUUCCAGAUGUCACCACUGACUCUAUCCCACUGUGUCCACCUCCAUAUGUCACCACUGAGUCUAUCCUAUGUUGCCCACACUCAAAAGUCACCACUGAGUCUAUUCCACUGUGUCCACUUCUGGAGGUCAAAAUAACCUUGUCUCCACCCAACAUAAACAACUAG